AUUUUUCGCACAUACGUCAGACGCGUGUAAACACAUGUGUUUUUGCUCGACGAGUGCUAGUUAGAUUCCUAGAUGUCACUAGAUACUUUAUACCGCGCGUGCCCGAAAAAUCUAGCCUGUGCAAUCAAUGGUGGUCCAUGUGGAGUCGUGACGUUUAUUUACAAUUAUAUCCACGAGAAUUCCGAAAUCAUAAAUAAUAAUUACUCUUUCGUCUAUCAACGAUACAAAGAAUCCGUACAAUGUACUCGGCGAAUGUUCGCGCCAGUGUUGCACGCGCGUUAUUUCACAGAAAAUCGCACAGCAAUGCGGAAACGAUAGAGAUGUGUACGGAGAUCGUGAAUCGAAAUCCGCGAAAUUUAGAGCGACUGAGGAUAGCGAGGAAACCCCAAGGGUAUCAUCUCGAAGAACCGGGACGCAGUCACUGGCACAAGUUGUACCUGGUCAAGAAACCUCGUUACAUUACUGUGGAAGUCCGGCACUUUGAAAAUGGACCGAUUAUCACAGCAUCCAGCAUAGAAUGGGCACUGAAGAAGCAGCUAUAUCGGAAUACUGAUGCUGCAGCUUAUAUUAAUGUGGGACGUGUGUUGGCUCAGCGUUGUUUGGAGGCUGGAAUUUGCGAAAUGACAGUUGACACUGCGAUGGUUGGUGAAAAAUGUGAUUUAUUAAUUAAUGAGUUGAAGGACAAUGGAAUUUGUCUGACUGAACCAGUAGUGUAUAAGUAUCCACAUUCUUGGGACAGAUAUCGACCAGAGAAACCAUGGGAGAUCCAUGAAUAAUACACAUCAUGUUUCUUUCUAUGUCAUAAUGUAAAUAAAUACAAGAAACAAAGUGUGUGCUAUAUAAAUAAUGACAGUACAGCUCCAAUAGUGCUACUUGUGAGAGGCGAAUAAAUUAAACUUGGUGCAAUUUGUGUGUAUAUCUUAUUAUUGUAGCAUCUAAAUCACUGUGAAAUGCCAAGUUUUGUACGCUACAAUCUCGUUAUAAGAAGUAAAAAUAAAUAAUUAUAUCACUAUUAAAUAAACAUCUAAUCUACUAGAAA